GUAGCAUGAACGGCGGUGUUUAGUCUCUGGUGUGAUUCCUGCCCAGAGUUGCGCGGACGCUGUCGGGCGAGGAUGGAGGUUCUCGUCUAAUAAUCGUGAUGUUUGCUGUUGUUACGUGUGCAACGAGUGUGUGGCGUGUGACGGGCGUGAUGAAUAGACUUUCGAGUAUUUUGCGGUUUACAUUGCGAAGUAUUUAACUGAAUUGUAUCAGGAUGGAGAGCAGUGUGAACUAUGGUGAUUUGAACGAGAGCAAGAUGGAGUUAUUACUGGAAUCAGACGAGGAAGAUGCCAGUCUUCUAAAAGAAAUGGAACAGCAAGAUGAUAUGCAUCCAACAAAACCUUCAAUUACAGAAAACCUUCUGCAGUUGAAAAGUAUAUGUCCUGAUUCUCCUGAGGAUUAUGAGAUUACAGAAUUUCCUGAAAUUCAUGAGGAUGCUUCGGGAGAUUUUGUAGGAGCUAUAGAAGUGAGUGAUGAGAAAAGACAAAGAAAUUUUAUUGGUGCAUUCUCAAAUAAUUCUGGGACUGUAACAUAUAAGGAAGAAAAGCAGGUGGAUGAGCUACAGGAAAGCAUUGAAGGUGAAAAAAAACACAAAAAAUGUUUAGUGGGAGGCCACUGUGAUAGUUUCACAUGCUCAGGUACACAACAAAAUAAAAUUUUGCCUUUGACAGAAUAUAUGAUAGAUGGUGUUCAAAUUUUAAGACUAGACAUGUCAACAAGUCAACUUCUGUUUGCAAAAUCUGCUGCAGCUAUGGGGAGUCAGCCAUGCAAGGCCAAAUCUGCAAAUUGCCUGUCUAAUGCCUCUCAGUCUAAGGGGCUUUCUUUUAUGGAAUUAAUAACUGAGGAAAGAAUAGGUAACACUUUAUCAAAAGAUUAUAAAUCUUCACAUUCCAAUAGCAAUGAAGAAAGAACAAAAAAAAAAUCAAAAUUUAUUAUAAAAAUGCAACAAGACAGUUGUGUGACACAGCCUUCUGGCAACCAGAAUAAAACAAAGUCUGGGAUAAAGAAUAGAAAAAGAAAAAAUCAAGAGGUAUGUAAACAAAAGUCAGAAAAUAUGGAAUUGAAUACUCCAGUAAAAAAGAAGAGACUGGCACAUUUUAAUAUGAAUGGCCCAAGAGUUGUUAUUUUCCAUUGCAGUUACUGUGAUUUUAAGUGUCCCUUUAUGAACGAGAAUAUCAAUGAAAUAGUUGAACAUCUUACUCCCAGGGAAAGGUUUAAUCACCUCCAUGAUAUAUCAGAAAAAUUAAAUAGCUUCAAGGAGUGUGUGAAACUUAAUGUAAUGGUUGCAAAGAACAAAGCCAAAGUACAGGUUCGUUUGCUGAGUCGUGCAGAAUGCACCAACUGUGGUCAGCAAGUUCCUUUGGAUGUGGAUAGCAGUGACCAACUUGCCUUACAUUAUAACUGGUGUAGAAAAUUAAUAAGUGAUGAUAAAUAUAUUUCAUGCCCAUAUUGUAAUGAAUUAGUCCACCGUGGUAGCAUUAAAAAGCAUCUCAAUGUAAAAUCAAAGAAACAAUGUACUAUGAAUAUAACUUCAACUCUUCAACUAAUGUCAUGUGUGUGUAAGCAAUAUUCUGUAGAGCACCGACCUGUGUGUGUUGUAUGCAAUGAAAAGUGUUGGUCUUAUUUAGGGCACAGAAUGGAAUUAAAUCCAGUUUGUGAAGGUUGCAGGAUAAACAUAAUUAGUGGAAACACCACAAAAUUAAAGAAUAGAGAUUUGGCUGCAUGUGCAAUAUGUAGUUAUCAAUGUUCUAAGAAAUGUGUUACUUACUGGGCUAGUGAACUAGAGGCAGUGUUCAUUGGAGAAAACUGCAUUAAAAAGUUGAAAGAACCAUUAAUACACAAGUCAAUAUCAGUUGCAGAUGCUAUGGAAGCUAAGAUUAGAAAACUUAUAGAGAUGGCUGUAGCAUCUGAACAAUUUAGCAUGGACCUUGAGAGAGCACAAGCUAAAAAUAUAUCUACUUCUGUGGAAUGUUUGACUGAAAGCCAUACUAGUAAUUCAGACAAAUAUUCAAGUAAUUUCACAAAUACAGUGCAGGAAGCUAAAGAUAAGAAAAAUGUAAUGAACUGCAAUUUUAGCCAGAGUGAAUCAGAAAAAUCUAUGGUAAAACAUGAUCUUCCAGUUCCGAGCAGAGUUACAAAUGGACAUUUUAUCCCAAUAACUGGAUCUUUUAGAAUAAAUGCUGGUAAUCCAUUGCCAUUUGCAAAAUUGGCGACUACUUCAGAUACUCAGAAUCCACAUAAGACUGUGCCAGUUACAUCCAUUUCUGCCCCAGCGGUGCCUAAAAGUAAAGUAGUUAUCCAGAGUGAUGUGUCAAAAAAUUUUCUAAAAGCCGAUUAUACAGGAAUUUGUCAAAAAAUUGCUGAGGGCAAACUAUCUAUGAAGGUUUCACCUCAUCGACCAAAUCCUAAAACAAUGUGUCAAGUCAUUUCUAAUUGCACCCCAAAUAAUGUUAUCACAGAGCCUUUACCAUUGAAAUAUGUUUUAAAACUGAACAGUUUGACACCUACAAGACAAGAAAAAAAGGAUGAUCAAAAAGAAGCAAAUGCCAGUCACAUAAUUAUCAGAACUUCAUCAAAUGCUUUUCAAAUAAAAAGAAGCGACGUGGCUCCACCUAGGGUAGCCCUAGUAAUUAAAACUGCUAACAAUUUAUUAAUGAAUGAGAUUAAAAAAAAAGGAAAAUUUCACAAGAGUGGCAUGAAAGAAAGUUAUGUCAAAAAAUAAGACAGAAAUAGUAACUUUGGAUUAGAAUUUGUUUGAUGCAAGAAUGCCACUCGUGUAAAAAUUUUGUUUACCAUAAUUGAGUAUACAGUGGCGCCUCGAUUAACGAGUUUAAUCCGUUCCAGCACCGAGCUCGUCAUGUGGAAAACUCGUCUUGCGAAACAAUAACAAAACUGUCGUUGGUGGUGUCUGAGAACCAGCGGGAACGCUCAUUAAUCGAGCGAAAGCUCGUCAGUCGAGACAUAUAUUUUCUGCUAGUGGCUUGCUCGUUACGAGCAUCGUUACUCAAAAUGCUCGUAACUGGAGCCACUUGUCAUUCGAGGUUCCACUGUAUUAUUAAUGAGUAAAUGAUUGGUAAAUGAAUAUGUAAAGUUUUUUUUUUUCCAAGGCUGAAACAUCAGAACUAAUUCAGAUGUUGAAUUUGAUUUUAUUUCUUUUUUUACCAUUGAAUUCUUAACUUCUUGAAAGAAAUUAAUAUACAUUUAGUACUUGCAUUGAUAACUGUAUUUACAUACAUAGCAUAUGAGAUAUUAUCAACUAUAUUUGUGCAGUCUAUGUAUUGGCUCAAAUUCCUUGUAUUCCUGUACGAUAAGAUUAGCAUUAACAGCUUACAUACACUUUUGUGAUAUUUUAUAUAAUUAAUUUUAUGACAUUCAUGUGACAAUGAAAUUACCAUGUUAUAUAAAGUUCCUUAAUAUGCUUGUUAAUAGGCAUUAUGUAUACAUGAAUUACUGUAUAUAUUUAUAUGUAGUUUUAUAUAGCAUUCAUAUUAGAAUUAAUUUUUCUAAGAAAGCAGUGUAAUUUUAGUGUGAUAAAUUAAACAUAUGUAUAAUU